CGGGGCCGCGUCCAUUAUGCAAGUCGGGUCGCGGAGCUUGGCCUAUGUAGACGUCGGCAGUAGCCCGAGAGAUUGGUUGCCUGCAGCAACGCCACCACGGCAGGGCGGUGCAAACACGAGGACGUAUCUGAUGAUACCGCAGAGGUGACAGUCAGCGCUUCUGCGGCGAUAAGAAGCGGCGUCGGGGCGAAUGACGACGCAAACCGCCGCGAGGCGAUAACGAGCGCUUCCUCCGGCCGUCCGCGCACAGUGCUCCAGUCGCGGCGGCCAUGGCAGCUCGGCCGCCGACGCUUGUGGCGUUGAUGCUGGCGAUGAUACUUCUGCUGCCGCCGCUGUCCACAACAGCGAAAGCAGAUGCUGCUCAGUCUGCCAAACUCCGGUGCAUCCCUCCGGGGGCAGCAACGGUUGCCGUCCCCGAAUGCUCCUGGCGACAACACAUGCCCCACGUGGAGUGCUCAAAGUUCCCGCCUGACGCGCCCGCUCCCGGUCGCGCCAAACUGAGCCUUGAUGUUGGAGGUGGCAACUCUAUCGACUCGAGGUCAGCCUUCUGCGUCACACUGACACGCUUCCAGAGAAACAGCUGCGACACCUGCUUCGAGAGCCUGGAAUUCCGGAACUUCACUGUGGGCUGGGCUGUAACUGGCCCCCGGUGCACGGAAAGGGACUGCCCGAUUGAAGUGUACAUCCUGGAGAGUGUUGCAGCCCUGAGUCCUCUGAAGUACAACAGUACUUCGACGGAGUUUUGGAAUUUCACAAGCCCAGUGUUCAGAGAAGAUGAAAACUUUUUUAUCACUUUAGCUUUCAAUGACAUUACCAUGAGGUAUACACGCUGUUCCAUAUCUUUAACGAACAUCUACAAUUUGGGAAAGACGAGCAUCGAAAAAUUUGUGCUCUACAACAAUGACAAUAUCAGCACAGAUCUGAAACUGGGAAUGAUGCCAAAGUUGAAGCAGCUCACAAUCGCAAAUAGCUCUAUUCUAGACUUCCCAGAGGAUGCGCACGUCCUGAUGCCGGCGCUGGAAAGAUUGGACCUGAGAGACAACAGUCUGACAUCGAUACCGGCGGCCAUUGCGAGCAUGCGGAAGCUGGAGGAGCUGAACAUGUGCGGGGCGAGGCUGCGCCGACUGGCCGGGCAGCUGCCGCCGCUGCCGCGCUUGAGGGAGCUCAGCCUGCGCAACACUGGCCUGUGCUGCCUGCAACAGGAGCAGGACGCCUUCCGGGGGGUCCCCAACCUCGAGCUGCUCGACAUCUCGCAGAACCAGCUGACCUCACUGGGACAGGCACUGCGUGGACUCAGCCAGCUUCAGUACCUCGAUGUCUCUAGAAACCAGCUGACCGAAUAUCCGCAGCUGUGGAUACAGGAUUGCAGGGAGGGACUUCUCAGCUUUGCGUUCAAUCACCUGCGAACGCUACCAGACUGCAACAGCUUCUGCCAGAGCAGUAACGUGCUGCUCCUUGACGUCGAAAACAAUCAAAUUUCUUCCUGGGAUGGCAGUCCUGGCAUGCUGAGCAGCAACGACCGCCCCUGGGUGGUGGGCACGCUGGUGCCAUUGCUGGAGAACGGACCACAGCGCUACCGCGUCUGCCUUCACGAGCGCGACUUCCAGUUGGGCACCGUCAUCGUGCAGAAUAUCUCCAGGUCCAUGGAUCACAGCCGGCACACCAUCGUUGUCCUCUCAAAGAGCUUCCUCUCCAGCAGGUGGUGCCUGUGGGAGAUGGAUUUGGCGAACCACCGUACACUGGACCCGUCGCAGCGCGAGUUCAUCAUCCUGCUGGAGCUGGAGCCGCUGGAACGUUCGGCGCUGCCGCGGCACCUGCGCUUCCUCAUGGACACCCGCACUUACGUGGAGUGGCACCAGGCGGGCGACGUCCAGUACGAGGAGCAGGCGUUCCGCAGACUGAAGAGGGCGCUGGGGGCCAGCUGCUUCACCUGCUCUGACGUCGGCCGCUGCUGACAGCACCUCACUGCCAGAGCCAUCUGGACGGUAGCGGUUGUGGUCGCAAUCGAACUUGCAGUCAGAUCACAGCCGCAGACAGACAGUAUUCAGCACCCAUAUAAAAAAAAAAAAAUGAUAUUUCCACAAGCACAUUCCACCCAGAACCUAUCCCUUCCUUCUCGAUUUAUCUGCCGAUGAACAAAGCCUUUGUGCCACGUACUUCCUCUCCCAUCAACGUAACUACUGAAAAUCCAUUACCUUUGUAUCCUUUGAUGUCGAGAAAGCCAACGACCGUGUAUAGUAUUCUGAUCUCACUUUCAGCUCCAAAUAUUUCCACUUCCAGUUUCGUAUAUCUGCCUUAUUAGAUUACAUCUGUUAUGGCCAACAACUAUUCUUCCUUCUGUCCCUUCACCUCAUGCCUAAGGACUCCAUUCUCUUCCUACUCCUACAACUCGUGCAUACUACGCAUAUAUAGGGUGAAUCAGAACUUCGCCGUUACUGUUCGUGGAUAUCUCAUGAGUAUUUUGGUAGAAGGAGCCCAAGGUCUCUGACGGAUCGUUAAAGUUAUUGAAUUUCGUUCAGUUUCUUGCCCAAAUAGCUUUGUAUCUAAAAUAGUGCACAACAGUGCAAUGUCGAAGAUAUACUCUGUGUAUCUUAGUUGUAUUCGUUCACGGUACCUGAUUCUGACAACCGUGAUGUCCUUUUUAACUCGUUGUCCUCGACCUUCUUUCAGUACUGCUCGGUUCCGUCUAAUUGUUUAUUUUCCAACAGCGUUAACAGUGAUAAACAGCAGUACUGUGGACAGGUUUGCUGUGAAGCAUUAGCCUAUGUGCACCUCGUGUAUAGGUUCACUGAAUGCAAUGGAAGAGCGACACAACGACGCAGUGGUGGGGUGUUCCCACAGCGACGGCAUACCACAUCACAGUACUUUUUCAUCUCUCUGAGGAUUGAUGCAUAACUCUUGUAUGUUGCAGUUGUGUUUAUUGCAUAUUACAGGCUUCGCUGUGAAGGUAUUUUCACGGAAACAGGGGUGACUGCCGUAACAAACUGAAUAAAUCACAAUUACCUUAAUACAGUGUAAAGAGUUAUAUCCAUUCUACCGAUCGACUGUUGCCAUAAUUCCCCUCUCAGUAACAUACUAAAUCUUCUCAGAGUAACCGUUAACCCUGAAGUGACCUGAACCACCAACCACUGAUCACGUAAAGAAGACCCACAAAAGAGUAAAACCAGUUACUGGAUGAACAUUGGAAUUGAACUCUUCCACCAUACUCUACACGCAUACAACUCUAAUCCAUCCCAUCGUUUCUUUUGCCAGUGUAGCAUAAUUUUCUGCAGAUUCGAAAUUCUACAGAUACCUCCAUAUCACUGACCACCAAGUGCUCCACCUUCUCUUCCAGAUUAGUUUACCUUCUCCAACGUCUGUUCUUAACCAACUUACCAAGUUUACUUUUUCCCCACACUGAACACUUCUGAAUACUCCACACCUCCGAUAAACUUAAUAAAUGUCCAGUUCCCAACAUCUUCACCAACGCAACUUUCCAACCUGUCACCAACACAAACCAGGCAUCCUCUCUCCGUAAUGUGUUAAGCAACUUAUGUAUACCUUUGUCUGUCCAUCCUACCAACUCCUGACCAUUUCUCCUCUUCCACAUCAUGACUUCUGUCACCUGUUUUCCGUCUGACUUCAAAACCUCCCACCUAAGAUCGGAUCGUAAAUCUCCUAACUUGGCUGCUGAGACACACUCGAAAUAUUCCUUUUGAUACCACUAAUCGCUAUUGUCUUCAUCUUCUGUAACCGACAAAACUAUGUCAGACAUUAUUGUAAACCACCAUAAAUCAUGACAUUAAAAUUAAAUCAUAUAACUUGUAAUCGCA